AUGCGGGCGACGAUCUUCUCUAUCAAAGCCGCUCCACGCCUGGAUUCCCACGGCAAGCCGACCGUGCAGGUCGAGAUCGCGACCUCAGACGGAACCUUCGCUGCAAUCGUGCUUUCAGGCGCUUCCAAAGGCGACUACGAAGCGAUCGGGCUCAGAGAUGAAGACAGCAAAGCGUUUGGCGGCAACGGGGUUCUGGAAGCGGUCCGGAACGUAGAAGAAGUUAUCGGACCUGCCAUCGUGAGCAAAGCAUUUGACUUGGCCGCGGGAUUGAAGCCCAUCGACGACUUCAUGGUCAAGUUGGAUGGAACUUCGGACAAGAGUGGUAGGUGA